UAUGUUUACAUCUGAUAAAAUUUAUAAGUUAAUUACGCACUCCACACGGAUAGCGUUGCGUGACAGCAGAGGACAGUUGCUUUAGGAGUUUACAACGUGAACUAUGACUGAAUUAUAGAAAAGGUUUGUUCCUGGAGCAAAUCUAAACAAUAAAUAUCCUGUUUUUUUUUUCAAAAUAAAAGUUCACGAGGCAUUGUAAACCUUCUGAUUUCAACAAGACUUCCCGCCGACUGAUGUACGGURUAAGGAGUCACUGCAAGUCUCGCUAGUCGRCUGUAUCCAYUUAACGUAACAGAACAAAUCAAGUAUGAAGGCUAUCGUGGUCAUUGCYAUUGYUUYCUUGGCCAUUUGUUCUGGGAACUCAGUAUACAAUCUCAGAUUUGAUGAACUGUUAAGAGCGCCAGGAGAUACUUCCCAUAAGCUUCAAGGUUUUGAAAAAAGGCAUAAAGUUGAAAGUGUAUGCAUGAAGUACACAUUUGGGUGCUGCCCCGAUAAUAAAACUCCAAGACAUGGUUCACACAACGAAGGAUGUGGAGUAAAACUAUGCAUGGAUGAAUCGGUAUCUCAAUGCAAGARAAUAAGCAAAACCSAWUGUAAUGAUGAAGCUAUMUACAAGAAGUGCCAUCRCCGAUGCAACCCUCAGUGCAGACAAUGCAGUGAUGAUCCAGACGUGGCUAUUCUCUGCCAAAGGUUCAACGAAAAUGACUGUCAAGAAGGUGGCUAUGGAGUCACGUCAUUCUUGGAAAAACGGUGUCAUAAAACAUGUAAAAAAUGUUUUUAA